AUGACGGCCAUUUGGCGGUGGACGAUUGGCUUUUCUCAUUCCUUUACGUUCAGUGAUCUUGGGCUUCAUUGCGUUCAUUGUAAAAAUAUUUCUUGUCAGACACAGAAGUUGCGUCCUCAGCAUAAGAAAGCCGAGGCUCGAUUAUGCAAACAAGGCUUCACUCAGAAUGAGACGAAUAAGAGGAAGAGAAAGCGAGGCGAUGAUGAUUUCGAGACACUGAAUUUACCGACUCAUACAAAUCACUAU